CAGUAAGGCCAUGCUGAAUUUUGGAGCUUCUAGUUUCCAGCUAGCUGAGGAAGGAAUGGAGCAGCACGUUAAAAAGUGUUAUUGGAAUAGUACCACUGAAAAAAGUGAUUUUGAAGCAGUGGAAGCUCUGAUAUCCAUGAGCUGCAGUUGGAAAUCGGACUUCAAGAAGUAUGUUGAACUGAGACCGAUAACUCCAGCAUCGGAUAUAUCUGAAGAAUUUGAGGAUAACCUGCAACCUGCUGCUGACUUUCCUGCAAUAUCAGCCUUUUGUUUGACUCCGCCCUACAGCCCUUCAGACCUUGAAAUGUCCCAAGCAAUCCAUCCAGCAUCACCAUCUACUGUACUGAGCAAGUCAAUUGCUGACAUGUCUGGUCAAGCUUCUCCCUCUGCUGUUAAAGAGACUGAAAAAGUCUCUGCGUCAAGAGAGCUGAAAGCUCAGGCAACGAGCGUUAUUCGCCACACCGCAGAUGCCCAGCUUUGCAAUCGCAGAACCUGUCUUGCAAGAACAGCCAGCGUUCUGAAUUAUCAGGAUGAUAACGCGAAGAAAACAAGUCCGCUGGACAAUGCUACAGCAAGAGGAGAUCCGUCACGUGAAAACGUGUCACUGAAUACUACACUUCCUGAAAAUGACAAGCUGCCCAGUGUGCAAGAAAAGAGAUGUCCGAUGCUAACUGUUAACCCAGUGCAUUUUGCCCAGCCUGCGCUUAGUAGUACCCUGCCAGUCCACGGGUCAGCGCAGCAGUCUCCUUCGCUGGUAGUUCCUACAUCUCCUGUGCAAGCUGGAGGAGCCCCUUCGAUGCCGUUAGUUUGCCAGAUGGUUCCGCUGUCUGCUAACAACUCGCUUGUGACAGCGGUGGUUCCCAGCACCCCUUGCAGUCAGUUGCCAUCGAACUUUUGUCAGCCGAUGGUGUACAUGGGAGCCCAGGUUCCCAAAGGAACCGUUAUGUUUGUUGUGCCGCAGACUGUUGUUCAGAAUCCAAAAGCUCCCAUGACCAGUCCUAAUGGCACCAGACUUUCUCCCAUUGCUCCUGCUCCGUGUUUUACUCCUGUUGCAACAAAGAUCACUCCACCCAUUGAUUCUCUGAGAAUAAGAAGUCAUAUUUGUAACUAUCCAGGAUGUGGAAAAACUUAUUUCAAGAGUUCCCAUUUGAAAGCCCAUGUGAGAACACACACAGGAGAGAAGCCAUUCAGUUGUAGUUGGAAAGGCUGUGAGAGGAAGUUUGCGCGUUCUGAUGAACUGUCUCGCCAUCGUAGAACGCACACGGGUGAGAAAAAAUUCGCCUGUCCUAUGUGCAAUCGCCGGUUCAUGAGGAGCGAUCACUUAACAAAACAUGCACGUCGCCACUUAUCAGCUAAGAAGCUACCAAACUGGCAAAUGGAAGUGAGCAAGCUAAACGAUAUUGUUGUACCACCUACGACUGCACCUGCACAGUGA